ACGUAAACAGACCGCUACUUCGUCAGAUCACUGGGUUUCGCGCAUCAGCACGGUUGACUCUGCAGUCCACUUCGUCAAUGACACGGUGGUCAUGGAUGAAGACUCACAAGAAAACCGAUUAUUUUCAGCUUUCGAGCGCCACGACGAAUUCGUAGCAGCUCAAAACACCCUGCUGGCGGCCGAUUUAUUCGUAGAGCCCAGUCGCGAAGAGGAAGAUGUGGAACUUCAUUGCAGUCGAAAAUUAAUCGUGAUUUUUGGAGAAUACCAAGAGCAAUCGUAUCUAUUGGACCCGUACCUUGAAAGCCUCGUGUCUCCCGUCGCGGAAUGCCUUAGAAGAUAUGCAAUGGCAUGCGUUAAUGCACGAGGUGCUCAGUCUUCUCGUAGUCGUGUGGAACGCCUCGCAGAUCUUCUUCAUAACUAUAUCAAGUUCCGCGGGUAUAAGACAAUAACUAGAUUCUUCCCUCAUGAAGUUUCCGAUCUCUCGAUCGCCUUGGAUUUCAUCCGGCUGCCGUCAGGGCUAGUAAAAGACCCCAGUCAAUGGGGACUGCGAUAUGCCGUGCUACUUUGGCUAUCUCUCAUUUGUCGGAUCCCUUUCGACUUACAGAAAUUCGAUGAUACCACUCGAUCCGGUGAAACAGCAAAUGCGAUCGAGCUCGUUGGAAAGGACCGCCUUAACAUGGCUGGUUUAGAGCGCGAAGGAGCGGCUACCCUUUUGGCACGCUUCUAUGCACGAAAGGACACCAAGCAGCAAUUCUCCUCUUUUGUCGAGUGGUCAAUAACAGUUUUUCGCUCUUCGAAUAUCAUCUUGUCUAUAGGAGUAUUACAAGUCCUUUGUGAAUUGAUGAAAUCUGGUUCAUCUGAACAACUCCAAGCGUUUACGCAACAGUUCUUGGAAAUUACAGAUACCUUAGAGCAAAGUGCCCCCUUGGCCAGCAACACAUUGGUUCGAAAAUAUCGCACGAAAUUGCUAUCGCGCGUUGCGUUGCGUCUGAUGCCUCCGAAUAUAUUUAGAUCCAAGUUAACAUUCCGUAGUCUGGAUGGUGAUAUCAAGAAUGAGGCUCUCAAACGGAACGUAGAUGAUGGCGAUGAUGAUAUUGAUGUUCCUGAAGAAAUUGACACAAUCUUAGAGUCUCUAUUCAAGAGCCUGCAGGACAAGGACACAGUGGUACGAUGGUCAGCAGCCAAAGGCAUUGCUCGCCUUUCAGAACGCCUUCCGUCGGAUUUCUCCUCUCAGGUAUUAGAGACCAUUCUUGGUCUUUUCUCAAUCCAUUCUGUAGCAGGUGCAAGUGUUUAUGACACUCCUGCCAUCGCUGAGGCUACCUGGCAUGGCGCAUCUCUCGCGUCAGCAGAGAUGGCACGCAGAGGUCUAGUUCAAACUGCUGCACUAGGAAGCCUCUUGGGCUGGCUCUCGAAAGCCCUCUACUUCGACAUACGUAAGGGGGCCCAUUCCAUUGGAUCAAACGUACGGGAUGCUGCGGCCUAUGUGAUCUGGGCUUUAGCGAGGGCACAAGAUCCGGAAUCCUUCUCUCCCUAUGCUCGUGAACUCGCGCAGUGGCUCGUUUCUGUGGCGUUGUUCGACAGGGAAAUUCACAUUCGAAGAGCGGCUAGUGCCGCCUUCCAAGAACAUGUUGGCAGAAUGGCGCUGUUCCCACAUGGUAUCGACGUCCUUAGAAAAACCGACUUCUAUGCAGUCAGCGUGCGGCGGAAUGCGUUCAUUGUCGCGGCUCCACAAGUCGCUGAGCACCUGGAGUACAGAUCAUAUCUGAUCGAUCACAUCAUUUCGAUCACUUUGCGUCACUGGGAUGUUGCGAUGAGGGAGUUGGGUGCUCAGGCCUUGCGCCGGAUAUGCGAGCUCGACUUGAAGAUACUAGGGCUGGAGUGUGCCUCGAAGAUGGCGGGAUUUUUAGACUCCGUUGAUGUAUCUGAUGUGCAUGGAGCACUUGCAGCAUUGACAGGUAUCUCUGAAGCGUACCGAGCUCAGGAGAGCGAAGAAAAUGCAAGCAACCGGCAAAAGAUAUUUGCCUUCAUUGCAAUUGUUUCCAAAGAUGUUGUUAUGUCUCCACGAAACGGUCUAGUACUUGCGGCGGCGUGUGAUCUCAUUGCAAGCAGCCUGACACUACAGGAAGUUGAGCUUCAGGAAAAAUCAUCCGUGCCCCAUUGGAAAAGGAUCAUAGACCAGGGACUGCGACACAGAAGCUCUUCCGUCCAACAAGCCGCUGCCGCCGCCAUAGCCGCAACAAGUUCCUUGAUUGAUUGCUCGCCAGAUUCCUUGCAGCAAAGUCUUGGCUAUACUCUAGGUGUACUCAAUUAUAAUGUGCAUCCGCAUGGUUUCUCUGAGGUAGUCAAGUGCUUGUUGGAUAGUGUCGAUUCCAACGUAAGAUUUUUCCCUGAUCAUCACGAAUGUACUGCCUCGCCUCACCGAAUGUUCGUGUUUUUAUUUUAUGUUCGGCGAAUUAUGUAUGGAGUCCUUGAUGCCCUUGACAGCGGACUAGAUGAUUACACGAUGGAUGAGCGUGGCGACGUUGGCUCGUGGGUACGAAUGGCGUGCAUUGAAGGUCUAGCAUCAAUUUUCGAAGAUCUGUUUCGCGUUUCAGGAAACAUACCUGAAUUCGCGAAUUACUUGCCUGCGCAGAGGUAUCACAGUGUGAUAGCCAGAAUCCUUCGUCAGGGCGUCGAAAGACUGGACAAUGUACGUCAAACCGCGGGACACUGUUUAUUGCGAUUGUUUCGCAUCCCUCUCCCGACCGUUCCUCAUCAAGAGGAAUGGCGUAUCAAAGGCUCAGAACUCAUUAUGAAGCUGUUUCUGACUGACGCCUCGGGCACUAUCACCAGUUGGAGUGUUGGGGAAUGGCUAUUUCCCAAAGCCGUAGAACUGCUCCGCGUACAAGAGUACAGACAAUCCCUACUGACAGGUCUUAUACAUAGUGUAGGAGCUAGAACUGGAAGCACGCACCGCCCAGCAUCUUCAAGUCUGGUUUCCUUUGCGCAGGGCCUUCCAUUAUUAGCCGGCGAUUCUGGCUAUAGUCUGUCUGAGCUGUGUGACGACCUCAUCGAGUGCGCACAAGGGAGAACGACGUCGAACGCGGUGGUGGUCCCUAUCUUGCAAACGUUCAAUAUGCUUUUGGAGGCAGAUGUAUUGUCUCGCCUGUCCAGCGUUGACAACGGCCCAUCAAAGCUAGAGAGAUUACUGAACAUUGCAACAAGAAAUGUACAGCGAUUGAAGAAUGUACAGCGAGUGCAAGAGUCCAUGAAAAUCGUCGUAAACCUCUUGGUCGUUUCCUCGGUUUCAAAAUCAUCCUCGGAGCGAAUCAUCGACUUCCUUUCUCACCCUUAUCCAAAGAUCCGGACCAGUACGGCUGAGUACCUCUACACGUUCAUACAAAGCAGGGACCUCGGCUGGGAGGCAGAUGAAGCAGUCGAUGAACUUCUUCUCGAAACAGAAUGGUCUUCGGAAAGCAUGGAAGUGAAGGUGGCAGCCACUCGCAUCUCGGAGCUCCUCUCUUGCACAAUUACCGAGUGAUUAAAACGUUGUUCAGUGUAUGGCCUAUACGCAGGACCAAGCGCAUGUAGAUCAUAUCGUAUGAACACCCUUACUUAGCUGAAAUGUACUUUUUAUGAGGGGGCGUGUUGUGAUC